UCGCGGAAGCGGGCCAGGCACCGAGGCGCGCGCGGAACCGGGUGGCCGCAGCGUCCCCGCGCGCGGCCGGGCCAGGUAGGAACGCAGAGCCGCAGCCGCCUCGGCCAUGCGGCUGCCGGACCCGGGGCCUGGGCUGGGGCCCGCGCCACCCCCUGCGCGCCGCCCCCGCUGAGCCCGCGCCGGAUAGGGCGCCGCCGGCACCAUGGUGCAGAAGUCGCGCAACGGUGGCGUGUACCCCGGCACCAGCGGGGAAAAAAAGCUCAAGGUGGGCUUCGUGGGGCUGGACCCCGGCGCGCCCGACUCCACUCGCGACGGCGCGCUACUCAUCGCGGGCUCCGAGGCCCCCAAGCGCGGCAGCGUUUUGAGCAAGCCGCGGACGGGCGGCGCGGGAGCCGGGAAGCCCCCAAAGCGCAACGCCUUCUACCGCAAGCUGCAGAAUUUCCUAUACAACGUGCUAGAGCGGCCCCGCGGUUGGGCGUUCAUCUACCACGCCUACGUGUUUCUUUUAGUCUUCUCCUGCCUUGUGCUUUCCGUGUUUUCCACCAUCAAGGAGUAUGAGAAGAGUUCCGAGGGGGCCCUCUACAUCUUGGAAAUCGUGACCAUCGUGGUAUUCGGUGUUGAGUACUUUGUGAGAAUCUGGGCUGCAGGCUGCUGCUGCCGGUAUCGAGGCUGGAGGGGCCGGCUCAAGUUUGCCAGGAAGCCAUUCUGUGUGAUCGACAUCAUGGUGCUGAUUGCCUCCAUUGCUGUGCUGGCUGCUGGCUCCCAGGGCAAUGUCUUUGCCACAUCUGCACUUCGGAGCUUGCGGUUCUUACAAAUCUUACGGAUGAUCCGUAUGGACCGGAGGGGCGGCACCUGGAAGCUCCUGGGAUCGGUGGUCUACGCUCACAGCAAGGAGCUGGUGACUGCGUGGUACAUUGGCUUCCUCUGCCUCAUCCUGGCCUCGUUUCUGGUGUACUUGGCAGAAAAGGGUGAGAAUGACCACUUCGACACCUACGCGGAUGCACUCUGGUGGGGUCUGAUCACCCUGACAACCAUUGGCUACGGGGACAAGUACCCUCAGACCUGGAACGGGAGGCUGUUAGCAGCGACGUUUACCCUCAUUGGUGUCUCAUUCUUCGCUCUUCCUGCUGGCAUUUUGGGAUCCGGCUUUGCCCUGAAAGUCCAAGAGCAGCAUCGGCAAAAACACUUUGAGAAACGGCGGAAUCCUGCGGCAGGUCUGAUCCAGUCUGCCUGGAGAUUCUAUGCUACUAACCUCUCACGCACCGACCUGCACUCCACGUGGCAGUACUACGAGCGGACAGUCACUGUCCCCAUGUACAGCUCACAAACUCAAACCUAUGGGGCCUCCAGACUCAUUCCGCCUCUGAACCAGCUGGAGCUGCUGAGGAAUCUCAAGAGCAAAUCUGGACUCACCUUCAGGAAGGAGCCACAGCCAGAGCCAUCACCAAGUAAAGGCAGACCGUGCCGAGGGUGCCUGUGUGGAUGCUGCCCCGGACACUCUAGUCAGAAGGUCAGUUUGAAAGAUCGUGUCUUCUCCAGCCCCCGAGGCGUGGCUGCCAAGGGGAAGGGGUCUCCCCAGGCCCAGACGGUCCGGCGGUCCCCCAGUGCGGAUCAGAGUCUCGAUGACAGCCCAAGCAAGGUGCCCAAGAGCUGGAGCUUUGGUGACCGCAGCCGUGCACGCCAGGCUUUCCGUAUCAAGGGCGCUGCAUCCCGGCAGAACUCAGAAGAAGCAAGCCUCCCUGGGGAGGAUAUCGUGGAGGACAACAAGAGCUGUAACUGCGAGUUUGUGACUGAAGAUCUUACCCCUGGCCUCAAAGUCAGCAUCAGAGCUGUGUGUGUUAUGCGGUUCUUGGUAUCUAAGCGAAAGUUCAAAGAGAGUCUGCGCCCAUAUGACGUGAUGGAUGUCAUCGAACAGUACUCGGCCGGACACUUGGAUAUGUUGUCCCGAAUCAAGAGCCUGCAGUCCAGGCAAGAGCCCCUGCCUGUCCAGUCUGGGCAUGAACAGGGCCCUCCGGGACAAAACCAGGCAUGGCACAAGGGGCACCAAGGGCUGGGUGACAGGAUAGAUAUGAUUGUGGGCCCCCCACCCCCUUCAACUCCCCGGCACAAGAAGUACCCUACCAAAGGACCCACGGCCCCUUCGAGAGAGUCACCCCAAUACUCACCUAGAGUGGACCAGAUUGUGGGGCGGGGCCCGACAAUAACGGACAAGGACCGCACCAAAGGCCCAGCGGAGACGGAACUGCCCGAAGACCCCAGCAUGAUGGGACGCCUUGGGAAGGUGGAAAAACAGGUCUUGUCCAUGGAAAAGAAGCUAGACUUCCUGGUGAGCAUCUACACACAGAGAAUGGGCAUCCCACCAGCAGAGACAGAGGCCUAUUUCGGGGCCAAGGAGCCUGAGCCGGCACCACCCUACCACAGCCCGGAGGACAGCCGUGACCAUGCAGACAAGCAUGGCUGUAUUAUUAAGAUUGUCCGCUCCACCAGCUCUACGGGCCAGAGGAACUACGCCGCACCCCCAGUCAUGCCCCCUGCCCAGUGUCCCCCAUCCACCUCGUGGCAGCAGAGCCACCAGCGCCACGGCACCUCCCCCGUGGGAGACCAUGGCUCACUGGUACGCAUCCCACCACCCCCUGCGCACGAGCGCUCACUGUCUGCCUACAGUGGGGGCAACAGAGCCAGUACCGAGUUCUUGAGGCUGGAGGGCACCCCAGCCUGCAGGCCCUCUGAGGCAGCCCUGCGGGAUAGCGACACGUCCAUCUCCAUCCCUUCGGUGGACCACGAGGAGCUGGAGCGUUCCUUUAGCGGUUUCAGUAUCUCCCAGUCCAAGGAGAACCUGGAUGCCCUGGCCAGCUGUUAUGCAGCUGUGGCGCCGUGCGCCAAGGUCAGGCCCUACAUUGCAGAGGGUGAGUCUGACACAGACUCAGACCUCUGCACACCGUGUGGGCCACCCCCACGCUCUGCCACUGGUGAAGGCCCCUUUGGAGAUGUGGCUUGGGCAGGGCCUAGGAAGUGAGUCUGGGUUGGGCUGCUGGCCCCAUGCCACACCCACUCUUGUUCAGUUUUAGAGCUGGAGUUCCAGGGCCUUUCUUAAAGUGACAGAGCGGCAUAGAGUAGUGUGGGUUGUGAGGAUGCUCAUGGGAUCUCGCUCUCAGGGUCAAUGUGGAGUGGAAAUGAGGCAGGGUUCCUUAGCACAUACAGUAACAUUUUAUAGAAGUUCUUUUCCAACCAGGAGAGGGUGGUUGAGGCCGGGCCCUGGAGGCCCUUGGGAGCUCCCUAUGGCAGCAAAGCUAGCCCUGCCUAGUCUUCUUGGGGGACAUAUUGCCCUGUGAGUGAGGAGGGACAGCGUGAUGGUUAGCCUCUGUGAGUGGGGGUGUGGCUGGGAGCAAGUCCGUGGGAGGUAGUGGUGAAAUGAAACAGGCCCGUCUACUGCUGAUAGCCAGUCCUGAGGCCCAUGGGUCUCUCAGUUUAGUCUGGGAGCUCAGGGGUAUAGUAAGUCACUGGAAACGGCCCACUCUCACACCUGACUGCUUAUCCCUCCAUCCCGACUGCCCCCAGUAAAGCAUUACCAGACCCACUGUUGGGUGUGGCUGGGCAAUGCCCCUCAUCCCUGGGUAACCUAGCUAAAGAGCUGCCACAAUCUUCCUCCCUCUUCCAGGUUAUGUGGAUCUUUCCAUGGGAACCAUCUUUAGGUCCUUCUCCUGGAGCUGAGGAAGGAGUGAGGCCUCAGGGACCAAUCUGGAACUUAGAAUUGAUCCUUAGACUCUCUUGACUUCCACCUCUUAGGGGAAGACUCAACUCACAGCCUUUUCUGAAAGGGUUUCUUCAGCAGGUUCUGGCUGCCUCGUGCCAGGUACUGUAGCCCAGUAGGUAUGAGUUGACACUUCAAGGCCUCUGCUCUUUCCUGGUGUGGCACUGGCCUCCAGGCUGUGGCCAGCACUUUAAGAGAAUCACCAGAUAAGCAGACCAGCCUUAGCCAGGGCACCUCCUUGCCUGCUGCCCACUUGGCUCUACGGAUUCAGGCAGGGCUAAAUGACAUGACGUCUUCAAACUGCCGGCUCUCUCUACACGAGAGCAUGGCCUUUGAGCCUGGUCAAGGAUCCUUCCCAAUGAAGCUGGCCAUCCAGUCCUUUAUCCACUAGUAGGUCCCUGGUCUGUGGCCCCUGGGUGUUUGAGGAAUUGGGAACACCUUGGCCUCUACUCUGGUGAGGAAUAAUCCCUGUCCAUCCUGUGAGUGGGCAUCUUGGGCCAUCAGCAGCUGACUUUAGAGGGAAACAUGGUAGAUAUAAUAGAGCCCUCGGUUGUGGCCCCAUAAUAUCUGGCCCAGAGGUGCCUGGCAUUAAAUGAUAACAUUUUGGGGUGGGGGCCCUAAACCCUCUUGCCCUCAGUUUUCCUGGUCACUGAGGACAAGCGCUACAGAGCUUGUGCUUGGGCAGAGCUUUAUUUACUUCUUCCACCCUUUUGAAAUGUGUGUUCUGGCAGGGGUAGAGGCAACUUGGGUGGGGGGAGCUAUGCUCAGCAGGAGGUACCCCAUCCCUGAGGAGAGCUUGAGCCAGGUCUCUGUCAGGGACCUAGGCGUUUGAAGGGCUACGUCUGCUGUAACCCAUAUGCCCUCCAUGUCAGGGCUACUAGGAUCUCGCAUCUGGGUGCCUCUGCUACGAUCCUAGUCGGGAGCCAGUCUACGUUUGUUCCAAUAGGUGCACGUUGGUUCUCUAAGGCAGGGCUAUAGUCAAGAACUUCUUGGUAUGAGCGAUGUCUCUCUCUCUGUGGGAAUGGCAGGUGAUUUAGACAGGAAGAAUAGCGAUACCCUUCUCUUGGUGAGUUGAGCCUGGACCUGCACUCCUCCCUCUCUGUCAGGACAGGAAGAGUCUAGAGCAGAAGGACAAAUGCAUCUGCCUGGACAAACCAACAGCCGGAGCACUCCUUCCCUAGACAUGGGCAGGCUGUAGCUAUCUCAGCUUCAGGGGAUGUGGGAGAGAGGUUUGCAUCUGUCCUACAUGUUCCAUACAGCGUGUCUUGCCUCAUACAUGGCCCCAAAUCCUGUCCUCAGAGCUGACAUGGAUACAAGAGCCUGGCAUACCCUGAACUGGGGUUCUGUGGGAUGAGGAAGGUGGACAGACACCCCCUUCCCAGAAACCCGGACACAGAAUUUAUCAGAAGUCCUUAUUUAGGUUACAGCAAGAAUGAGACAAGGAGGCGUGGCCUUCUCUGCAAAUGAGGAACGCUGGUCAAGUCCGCAGUGUUGGCUACACAGAGGAAGGAAGUGUAUCUCAAAGUGUAACACAGAAGUCCUGAUGUGAGGGAUGACGGAGCCCUUUCUUAGGGGACCCAGGUCCAGGCUUGAGCAACACAAAUGUCCACUGCCUUGACAUCCCCACCCGCAGAGAAGCAGGACAAGAUGGACGCCAAAGGCUCCCACAAGAAAUCCGUGCACUUUCCUGGGUACACACGUAUCCAAGUAUGGCUGAAACCCAGCAGCUGCCCCAUGGCAAAAUUUUCCUCAGAAAACAUUUGUCCCUACACAUUCCCUCACAUGCCCACCAGCACAUGCCCAUACACUCGACACACAUACAUGUACAUUCGCAUGAGUGCACACAAAAAACCACAUUUUCAUAUGCACACAUAAAUAUACACACAGAGACACAAGUAUACAUACAACAGGUGUAUUUUCAAACAUAUAUUCCUUGUUAUACACUUGCACAUGCAAGCUCACACAUAGUUUGUCAGACCACACAUAACAGGUACACACACACACACACACACACACACACACACACGGACACACACCAACACACAUAUGAAUAGACAGGCUUGUAGGCUACAUUCUAUUCCACAUUUGCACAUACAGCAGGUACCUAUUUUUAUACCUGAAUAUUCACAUAUAUGAACACAUGUAUAUGAGUAACCUGUAUGUAUAAUGUAUACACAUACACACACGUAGGGUUUCCUCUCUUUCUCUCUGUCUACACACACACACACACACACACACACACACACACACACACAAUCUUUUUCUCUCUGGCUCUUCCUGAUGGUAGCUGCCUGGGCAGGGUGCACAGGAAUUAAUGGUGAAUGCUCUAAAAUGUUGAACACUGACUGAGGUGGGAGUCCUGGUUAUCUAGGACUUCUGAGCAACAGUGGUAGAGAGUCCACCUGGAGACCAUUGAAUUCCCACACUGCCCUCUCCCUGGACUAACUGGUGGCUGUCUGCAGGUGUCAAGAGGGUGUAGCUAGGUCAGGGUGAGGAUAGUUCUAGUUCCUACUAAGGUCCAGAUCAGUCUUCGCCUUGGGUUAAUCUUGGUUUUGGCCACUUCCCAGUGCCCUCCCAUAUACACGCCUGCUUCAUCAUGCCAGGCUGUGAUUGGUGUUUCCUGGCUUAGCUUCUGUCUUUUCAAUUUUGGCCUCUGGAAGGUCUAACAGAGACAGAAUACCUGGGGUGAGGGCCCACCUGCUGUCUUACCCGUGGUCUGGGCAGAUAAAGUGUCUAUUUGAGGUCGUGAGCUAGCUCUUAGUUAUGUGUUGACAUCUAGGGGCCUCACUGGGAAGCCCCAUUUAGAAGUGGGGGAGUCACCAGACACUACAUGGGCCUCCCUGGAGGAGACUCUCUAAACUGUAGUCAUCCUCAAAUCCUAGACAUAGAUCUACAUCCAGGACCACCUUCCACCUUUAAUUCUCCGGUUUAAGGUUCUUUCUCCCCUCGAGCUGGUGGCUCCAGAUUCAGAAUGUGGAAGACGGGGCCACCCUGCCUUCUGCCUCCCCUAUCGGGUUUAUCCUAUAUCAGGGGCACUGUGAAGAACACCCUUGCUUUUUGUAGAAAGAGUUGAGCCCAGAGAUGUCUUCAGACUUUCCCCAGAGGUAAGAAUCUGGGACGGGGAUGCUGUUCUGACACACUGUAGCUUGUGUCUUCCAGCCGUAAGCAGUGCUCAGGGUCAGAGGCUAACACACUUGCCCAUGGCUCACACCCCAACAUCUGCUGUCUUUCCCUGAGGCCACACCCUCUUCUGUUGUUCGAACAGUGGGGCCCACUGUGUAGGGGCUUGGAGGUGUCUGGGUCAUCUCGUAUCCCAACAGGGUAGCUUGGAGUUAAGAGUAGAUAAUCUAUACAGGGUACCCCUGAAGUCCUGUAUAGGACUCAAUGCUGAUGUGGCAUCUGCUGUCCUGGAGCAUAGAGGUCAGUCUUCUCCCCCUGACACCUCCCAGGGCAUAGGAUAUAGGGUUUGGGGGAAGAGGUCCAGGAAAAGUCUGCAGGCAAGUCUGUCUGUCUGUCCUAGGCUCCUACUGUGCCCCAGCUGAGCUAAGGAGGCAUGAGUUUCUCAGAGGAGGUAGUAAGAUGGCAAUGAAGAUUAAUAGAGGAGACCCAGGUACCUCUUCCUUCUGAGGAGUCCCCACACGUGUUCAACACCCACACUGGGGCCUAGGGUGUCCGGUGUCCCUGGAAGUGAACGAAUUUGGGCCACAGGUUGCUGAAUUUUGCUUGUCUGUGAGGGGCAUGACUCCAGCGUGCAUUGGGAAGCACCAGGAAAUGGGGUAGAGAAAAAGGGUUGCACCCUAGGAAGGAGGCCCACCAAACAUUCAGAGGUACCUGGGUUUUAACAUUUGUUCAGGGCUCUGUCUUGGAUGCUGACCUUGGAGCCCUGGCUGUCAAAGGAUGCUGGGUCCAUCCCACGACCCAUCCUGAAGUUCCCCUGGUGUCUAACCCUCCGUCAGAGAAGGGAUAGUUCCCAGGCCGUUUUUCUGAGACUCUCAGGCAGGAGUGCACAUCGCUAAUACCGCACAUCCAACUGGGACCGGCUUUUACAGAGUUGUUGCCUUAAUGUAGGUUGAGGGAAAUUCACCAAGGUCACCCCUGCCUCUGCCUGAUACAGACACUGGACUCCACCUCCAGGUCCUGCUACUGGAGAGGAGUGCGGGCAUGAUGAGCUGCCACUAGUAGUCCCACAUGGAGGGGCUCAAAGCUGUGACCCCCUCGAUGUCAUCUAUCUGCCUGGGAUGGCUCCAUAUGCAGUGCAGCGCACCCCGCGCUUCCAGUCCACACCUGCCCAUUGCGGUCCUGUCCCCCCCUGGCCGCAGCUGCGGCUGCAGCUUCCCCAUCUGCGCUGUUGCCUUUGGCUGUCUUUGCACUUUUGUUCAUGCUCCAAAGAAUAUUUCAUAAUGCCUUCAUACUGAUGUGCACCCCAACCAUUUUGUACGCGCCCUUGGGCCACAGCGACUGGCCUUCUCCUUUGGGCCGGCGUGCCGCCAUCUGCACACGACGCUGUCUUCUAGGGAUAGAUGCCCAGGGAAUGAACUCUAGUUUUCUAACGGACUAGCUGAGAUGUUAACUUACUCAACAUGAACAGGAUGAUAUCUGUGCUGUGUGGGCGGGCCAACGUGUGCCCGCAGGGAACUUUGGGGCAGAAUCCUGCAGCAAGGGUGCAUGGAGGUGGUUCUGGAAAGUUUUGCUGCUGCAGGGCUAAGUUCAGACGCCCAGUGGAACUGGGCGCUUAGUAAAACACAGUGAUUCAACCUGGA